CCGCGGCCCGCUGACGGGAGCCCUGGACGGAGCGCAGGCGCAGGGGGCGCCGGGCACCGCAGGGUGCGCCGCAGCCCCCGGGGCCUCCGGGGCACCCGGGGCACUGCGUGCGUGCCUGCUCCUCAUGCUCAACGCCUGGCGGGUGCGGCGCGAGGAGGCGCGCGCGCUGCACGGCCGCGUGGACCAGAUGAGGCUUCAGGUGACCACCCUGCGGGCGCUGAACAAGCAGGAGGCGGAGCGGUCAUGCCGGGCUCACCAGGACGCCGGCAGGGCGCGGGCGUAUGGCGAGGCGCUGAGGCAGCAGCUUGACGCGCUCAGGACUGAACACGAGCUCGUGGGCGCGGCCAGCGCGGCCCUGGAGGCGCGGGUGUCCGAGGCGCUGACCACCGUGGAGAACCUGCGCAACGAGCUGCGAGCGGCGCGAGAGGAGGCAGCCGCCUUAGACGGCCAGCUCUCCAAGGAGCGCGCCAAGCUGGCGGCCGCCCGCGAGGAGCGGACGCAGCUGCGAGAGCAGGUGGAAGAGGGGGCGAGGCAGCUUAAGGACGUCGAGACCCUACUAGAGGCCGCCCGCCUCGACUGUGAGCGGGCGAGCCGCUCCGCAGAGGCCAACGGCGAGGAGCUGACGAGGAUGUCGGCGCGCUGCCGAGCCCUGGAGGAGGCCCUGGAGGACGAGCAGCGGGCCGCCCAGCAGGCCCAGCAGGUCCUGGCCGACCACUCCUUGGAGCUGGAGCGCACUCGCGCUCUGCUGGCGCUCGAGAGGACUCCCCGCCGCUCCGUGUGCCGACUCCUGGAGGUGCUCAGGGUACCCCUGGGCUUGCUGCAGGCCUUCUACCUUGCAGUGUGCCCCUACUCCACGUCUACUGCCACGAGGAGCCUGUGAUACCGAUUAUUUUUCAAAUUUCUCGAACCAUUUAUUGGAUAUACGCUGCUUCUAUCCGGCCAUAUUGAACAGUGAUUGUUGGACUUUAGCCGGUUUUAAUAAGGGUAAUGAUGGGAUGAUUCACACAAACACACAAAAGAAAAAUAUUUUUGUUAAAUUAUAUCACUUUAAUAUUUUUAUGCAUCUCCUGCACAGUGGAAUUCUGAGAUCAUGUACAUCUGUAAUAGAAAGAAACGUCAUUCUUCUACUUCCGUCUGUUGUGCAGAAAGGCAGAUAAGACUACAAUACAAGCCCUAUUUAUUUAUAAGCCCCUGUUGAUGGAUUAAUUGUUUUACUUUGUAUUUUUAUAAUUUUCAAUUUAGAGCACUGAAUAAUUGGUUAUGAAAGGAAUGGUUAUAGUGCUUCAGUAAUAGAAAAUGGCUUUCUAAUGACAAAGACAGUAUUGCUAUAUUCAGAAACUUACAAUUAUUAUGAAAAGAUGCAUAAUAUAUGCAAGCACUUGUACUUUCCAUUGUUGUUUUCAAAACACCAGGAAAUAAAACUUAGUAGCUUUC